CCUACAAAUGCCGCUGUGGAUGAUGCUCUGGAUGACAGCUCCGAACGCAGAGAAAAGGACACCGGAUCAAUAGGAGCUUUCCCCCCCUUCCCUUGGCCAGUCCAUUCUCCUUCCAGGGGAAUAUAGCUAAACACAAACAGAGCCGGACUAGGUGCUGGAGUGAACCCACCUCCCCCAUCCCUUCCCCCAGCCUUGCCUCCCGCAAGUCCCAGAUAUGUGGCCCUUACAGAGGUCACUCGCUGCCCCUCGUCUGGGGAACCUGCUCCUUCUCAUGGUGCUAGUCCUCUUGGUAGGCUCAUCCCAAACAGGAGGCCAACCCCAGACCUUCAAAACCUUCUACCCGCCCGAUUGGGGACUGACACACCUGGCCAUUCACAACAAAACGGGCGAGGUCUAUGUCGGCUCGGUCAACUGGAUCUUCAAGCUCUCCAGCAACCUCACCAAGCUGCGGAGCCACAUGACUGGUCCCGUGGUGGACAAUGAGAAGUGCUACCCCCCGCCCAGCGUCCAGUCCUGCCCCCACGACCUGGCCCAGACCAGCAAUGUCAACAAGCUGCUGCUCAUUGACUACGCCCAGAACCGGCUCAUCGCCUGCGGGAGCACCUCCCAGGGCAUCUGCCAGUUUUUAAGACUGGAUGACCUGUUCAAGCUAGGCGAGCCACACCACCGCAAGGAGCACUACCUGUCCAGCGUGGCCGAGUCUGGCACCAUGUCCGGGGUCAUCAUCACCUCCCCGCAUGGCCCCGCCAGCAAGCUCUUCAUCGGCACGCCCAUCGACGGCAAGUCGGAGUACUUCCCCACACUCUCCAGCCGCAAGCUGAUGGCCAAUGAGGAGAACGCCGACAUGUUCAGCUUCGUCUACCAGGACGAGUUUGUCUCCUCGCAGCUCAAGAUCCCUUCGGACACCCUCAGCAAAUUCCCCGCCUUCGACAUCUAUUACAUCUACAGUUUCAGCAGCGAGCAGUUUGUCUACUACCUUACCAUGCAGCUGGACACUCAGCUCACCUCGCCAGACGCCUCCGGCGAACAGUUCUUCACCUCCAAGAUCGUCCGUCUCUGCGUGGACGAUCCCAAGUUCUACUCGUACGUGGAGUUCCCCAUUGGCUGCACCAAGGAUGGUGUGGAGUACCGCCUCAUCCAGGACGCUUACCUCAGCCGGCCCGGGAAGCAGUUGGCCGACUCUUUAAGCAUUUCCGAAGACGAGGACAUCCUAUUCACGGUCUUCUCCCAAGGCCAGAAAAACAGGGCCAAACCACCCAAGGAGUCGGCCCUGUGCCUGUUCACACUGCGCCGCAUCAAGGAGAAGAUCAAGGAGCGCAUCCAGUCCUGCUACAGGGGAGAGGGAAGGCUGUCGCUGCCCUGGUUGCUCAACAAGGAGCUGGCCUGCAUCAACUCGCCUCUUCAGAUUGACGACAACUUCUGCGGCCAGGACUUUAACCAGCCGCUGGCGGGACCAGCACCAUAGAAGGGAUACCGCUCUUCAUCGACAAGGAUGACGGCCUGACCUCUGUGGCCGCCUACGAUUACCGCGGCAACACCGUGGCC